AUGGAGAAGCAAUUUCAAUCUGUUUACACAAUUGCGAAGUUUAAGGAGUUCCAAGAACAGUUUACCAAAAAGAUAUAUUGUGAAGUCUUAUCCAUUCAUGAUUCUUACUUGUACACUACAUACGAUGUACAUGAGGACAUUAUUACCAAUGAAUGUAGGAAGACAAAAAUGUUUAAAGUGUGCUUUCAUAGAGAUGAAUGUGAUUUCGAGUGCAGUUGUCAUCUGUUUGAGUUCCGAGAAAUUAUUUGUAAGCACGCAAUUGCAAUUUUGAUACGAAACCAAGUGAAAUUAGUUUCUGAAAAGUACAUUUUGAAGAGAUGGAUGAGGGAUGUGAACAGACCAUACACAAGGGUUUCAAUCAAUUAUGAUGGUUGGAUUAGUACUCCAGAUCAAGUUAGAUGUGAGCAAAUGUGCAAUGCGUUUACGAAGUUAGCUGACUUGGUAGCACAUGAAGAGUCAUGA